CUCGAACAAUUGCUGGUUGCAGCGGGUUGUGUGUUCGAGGCACUGACGCUCCGUGGAUUAUCCUAGCGUUACGGUCGUAUAUUACUGAUAAAGCCUAGCCAGCAGACAUGGGCAGCACCGAGUCCAAGAGCCAGAGCGCCGACACCGCCGUUAGUAAGACUGCGGAGCAACAGGAAAACGGUCACGUAAAGGCAAACGGUGAUACCCUCCCGAAGACUAACGGGGACACGGCCGCUGCCAAUGGCUCUGCAGAGCCGGUGACUACCGAUGAGGCGGGCUCCGGAGAGGCUAUCGAACAAGCCCCACCAGCUAAUGGCGAGGCGAAACCAGAGGAGCCCCCAGGAAAACAGGCGAAGAAGAGGUUCUCCUUCAAGAAGAACUUCAAGCUGCCUUUCAGGAAGACCAAGAAAGACGCCGCGGCUGUGGAGGCGCCCCCUGCUGGGGAAGAGGGGGGUACUGCCCCCAAGGAAGAGCACGAAGAAGCUGCUAAGCCCGACGAGUCCACCAGUGAGAAUGCCGAGCCCGUCAGCCCCGCAGAGGAGCCCAGCCCAGAAGCGGAGGAGGCAGCCGCUGAGCCCGAGCCCGUGGUCACCCCUCCAGAGCAGACCCCCCAGAGCGAGGAGUCCGUGCCCAGCACGGAGACCCCCACCGAGCCUCCGAAGGAGGAGUAACGGGGGCGCGCAAGCCUCCUCCAUAGACUGUACUACGCUGAGCCCUUUUUUUUACACCUGUCAUUCACCACAGCCCUGGGUCCUGUGUGAACAGACCAGAGUGUGCCGAACGUUUCCCUCCAUGAUCUUCACUGCCCUCAUUAGGUGUUCAAGCAGAAACUCAUGUCCUGCUGAGGUGAACUGUAACCGGCUGACUGCCAUCAGUCAUUGACUAUGUAGCCAGAUGAGGGGGGCACAUGUUGGACCCCCUCCUCCCCUGAGGUGUCCAGAGGGUUGCUGACUUCUCAGGAUGUGAGCUGUGAGUGCUCUGGUGUGACUGUCACUCAAGAAUGUGUGCAUUUCUGUAAAUACUUUUUUAAUGGUCUAGUUCUGUGGUGACUUUUUUCUAAAUUUCUUCAGUUGUGUUUAAUUUUUUUUUUCAUUGUGAUAUUUUAAAAUAAAUUCUAAUUCCCCUUUA